ACCAAUAGGUCUUCUUUCAAAAAAUCGAAAACAUCGUAACUUGGGAAAGAAAACAGUAGUUACCCAACAUGUUAAGAAACGUUUUCCGUAACAGUCGGUGGCUGGCACGAAGAAAAAUCAAUAGUUCUGCGGUGCCGUCUUUACAGAACAAUCCUAUAAAAAAAACUUUACAAUCGCUAUAUUACUAUAAUAAUCCAUGUAGUCGGCUAUUCAGUUCAAGUUCUCAAGAAAGUCAAAUAUCGGACAACUUAAACCCAGUAGUGUACGAUAAAAUAUGUACUGAAACAUUGGAAUCUCUUUCCGAAUAUUUCGAAGAGUUGAUAGAUCAAUCAUCAAAUUUAAAAGGAGCUGAUGUAACUUUCAGUGAUGGUGUACUGACGGUAGCUUUAGGAUCAAAUUAUGGAACGUAUGUUAUAAAUCGGCAAUCACCCAACAAACAAAUCUGGCUGAGCUCACCUACAUCUGGACCUAAGAGAUAUGAUCUCAUUUUAGAUAAUGGUGGAUACUGGUUGUACAAACAUGACGGAAUCUCGUUGCAUCAACUUUUACAAAGCGAACUAUCAAAAAUUGUAGACAAUGCUGAUUUUGGAAAGUGCAGUCACGCUUUAGUAUAAAUUAUUUUAAUUGUGGAAUUAUAUAAAUAGGUUUCAAUUUA